UUAGAAUGCCCGAUAAACGAGGCACGAGCUCGUCGCACAUAAUGCAAGGAACAGGUGGGGCGAGUAUCGACGUCGGCGCGCUCGGAAGGAAUCCUAUAACCGGUCGGGCAGGAGCUAUUGUUAUGAGAACCGUAUCCAUUUUUCUCACGAGCGGACGAAGAGUCUCGGUUAAUAAUUCGAAGCGACAACAGUCCGCUAUUUACAACGGAGAUAAUUCGGCGUCGGGACGACUCCAUCGACGGAAAAAUAUGCCGGACAAUCUCAGCACCAAAAAUUCUGCUUAUCAGGCCAAAAUCAUUGACUCUUUGAAAAAAAAAACAAGAUUUUCGAGGGUAGAGCUCGAAGCAUUGUGCAAAAUUUAUCGAAGAUUAACGACAAUUCCUGGGCAACGAGGGGCUUCGACUCUAGAUGGGAAAACCGUGACCCAAUCGACGACAGCAGUCGAAGGAAUCGAUCGAACGAUUUUUCGUGAAUUGUUGCACAACACGUUCGACGUUAUAACCGAGGACACGUUAAUCGAGCGUAUGUUUUGUUGCUGGGACCGCGAGAGCGAGGGUUCGAUAAGAUUCGACUCGUGGAUUCUGGGCUUGGACGUUUUUUUACGUGGCAACAUUCGGGACAGAACAGAAUUCUGUUUCCGAGUUUACGAUUUGAACAACGAUGGCUACAUAACGAAAGACGAAAUGUUUCAAUUGUUCAAAAAUUGCCUGAUCAAACAACCCGGCGAGGAGGACCCGGACGAGGGUGUUCGCGACCUGUCCGAAUUGGCGUUGAAGAAGCUGGACGUCGAUCACGAUGGUAAAGUUUCUUAUCAAGAUUACGAAGCUGCGAUAAAAAAGGAGCCGUUGCUCCUCGAAGCCUUCGGCCAAUGUUUGCCAACCGAGGAAAGUUGCCAAGCAUUUUUGACAACCCUGCAGCCCUGAACGAUAUUUCAGCCCAACUUCAAUAGCAAUAAUCAUCGUUUCACCUCCAACGACGAUUGAACAGUGAAAUCAAAAAAUCCACCGAUUCUCCAGCCAAUUAUUUGAUGCAAUUUACAAAAAAUAGUGAAAAACGUUGCAAAAAUGUUUAUUUUAUUGUUGAAAAAAAAUAUAAAAAAAUGUUACGAAAAAAUUUAUAA